CCGGCGGGGACGCCUCUCGCUCUCGCUCGUCUUUGUUGCUGAUUCUGAGGAGGAGGAGGAGGAGGAGGCCAAGGCCAACUCUUCUUUUUUCCCUCCAGGAUUUGGGCACCAGCUUCGUUUGCGUUGCGUCGUCAGUGCGUGUGGCGUGGGAUUUGAUUUGAAUUCUGGCUCCGCGUCAUGCUUUCCGCAGAUUCCUUGACCUUUCUCUAUUUUUCAUUCACAAUCAUGAAACAUGCUUCCCGCGCACGUCUCUGUUUUCCCUUUCGCUCGUCGAUCCUCUGUUCUGUUCGUAGACGGUAGUAGCGCGUGGCUUUUGACCAAUGGAUGCAAGCAUUUUUUUCCUCUGGUGACUUUCAGUUCAAUUGAAAUAAGAAUUCAUCUACGUUUCUUUCUUUCUUUCUUUCUUGUUGAUCAAUCAAGCGUAUUGAUCUCUUAUAGCAGCAGGUUACUCUGCUUUCGAAUUGGUUUCAUUCAGGAGGCGGAGCCGGUCCAUUGAAUUCGACCGGGGCAGGCAGGAGAUUCGGUUCGGUUCGGGCACCUUCUUCUUCAACAAGCAAAGGGAUCAGGCGAUACCAAAUGUGGCGUACCUGUGGGAUGUGCUAGGAUCCGGAUUCCUCUCCUCCAGAUUUCUCUGAUCCACCUGGAGAAUACGGGACCAUCUCGUUGGUGGCGGCAGGCAGCGAACCACGUCUCCACCAAGCCACCGAUCCGCCGCCGCCUCCUGCUGUGCGCGCAUCGCGCGGCCCGCGCUCGCCCCAUCGUCUCCCGCCGCCGCCUGCCUGCCUGCCUGCCGGAGCCCCUCUGCCCUCCCUCGUGACUUCGAGAGGAGGAGGAGGAGGAGGACAAGAUAGAUGGACGACGAGGAUUACUCGUGGGUGCGGCGGACGCGCUUCUCCCACUCCGUCGUCCGCUCCAACUCCGGGAGGGAGCAGUUCGGCGCCUUCGUCGAGCAGUUCAACCGCGGCGCCGCGCUCAGGCACAAGGGCGCCGCGUCCGGGUUCAAGCUCCACGGCCUCAACAUGGAGCCAGGGACCACGAGGUUCUCCACCUCCUCCGUUCCGGUUCCGAUUCCGAUUCCGACGACCACCUCGCUCUGCGCCAAGCCCAAGGACAUGUCCUCGUCACCAGACGCCAACAAGCCGCGGGUGCAGCACGAGCACGACAAGGCGGCGGCAGCCAGCGAUCGCCCGGCGUCGCAACAGCCAUCAGCGACGCAGGACGGUGCCAAGGCUGCGACUGCGAACAGGAAGAAAGGAAGCGGCAGCAACCUCAGCGUGGCCGUCGUCCCUCGGGAAGAACAACCCGCGGUUCGGAGCGCGGAGGAGGAUGACGAGCGCCCCGGAGCCGCGCCCGAGUUCUCCUUCCACCCCGACGAGCAGAGCCUGACGCUGCAGCGAGCGUGUUCAAGCCCUGCUCCGUUCCCGCGGAAGAAAACAACGCCCGGCGAUGACGACGCCGCGCUCACGCGCAGCUCGUCGCUUAGCGUGCUCGGUGAGGCGCCCAAGACGACGAAGCAGAGGGCGGUGUCGCCCCUCCCGACGCGCCACGUUCCCGAAGUGUUUCAAGAGGCCAAAUCUGCCACCAAGAGGUUCUCCACGCCGCCGCCGUCCCGGAGAGCCGCGUCUGAGAUGGAACGGAAUGGGUGCCCGCCACCAGCGCCGGUGACGACGGUCAGGGCUCCGGGCAAGCUCAAGCAUAGGAAGGAGGGCCACGGCCAUGCCAGCUGGAGGACGAAGGUUUCUGCGCUGGAGGUGCUCGAGAAAUGGUCCGUCGAUCGCUCUCAGCUGCUCAUUGGGCACAGAUUCGCGUCAGGGGCUCACAGCCGGUUGUUCCACGGAAUCUACAAGGAGCAGCCUGUUGCUGUCAAGUUCAUCAGACUGCCUGAUGACGAGGAAGAUGCAGAGCUGGCUGCUCAGCUUGAGAAGCAGUUCCACACGGAGGUCACCACUCUGUCACGCCUCAAUCAUCCUAAUGUCAUCAAGCUGGUUGGAGCAUGCAGCAGUCCACCAGUAUUCUGUGUCAUCACUGAAUUCCUUUCUGGUGGUUCUCUGAGAGCGUUUUUGCACAAGCUGGAUCACAAAGCUCUUCCUCUGGGCAAGAUCAUCUCAAUUAGCUUGGAUAUCGCACGCGGCAUGUCAUACCUUCACUCGCAGGGAGUUGUCCAUCGUGAUGUGAAGCCAGAGAACAUCAUAUUCGAUGAGGAAUUUUGUGCAAAGAUUGUUGAUUUUGGAAUAGCUUGCGAACAAGAGUACUGUGACCCUCUGGCAAAUGACACUGGGACAUUUAGAUGGAUGGCUCCAGAGAUGAUGAAGCACAAACCGUACGGUCGAAAAGUCGAUGUCUACAGCUUUGGCCUUAUCUUGUGGGAAAUGUUUUCUGGAACGAUACCAUAUGAAGAGCUGAACCCAUUUCAAGCAGCUUUUGCUGUUUUUGACAAGAAUGUGAGGCCGGUGAUUCCUACUAGCUGCCCAGCACCAGUACGGCUUCUAAUUGAGCAAUGUUGGGCCUCGCAUCCGGAGAAGCGGCCUGACUUCUCUCAAAUAGUUCAGAUACUGGAGAAGUUUAAGAGUGUUCUUGACAGAGAUGGCACACUCGACAAUAUGCCAAGCUCGAUCUGCCAGCUGGAGACUCACGAUCACAAGAACUGGCUUGCUCAUUGGGUCCAAAAGCUCAAACAUAGCCAUCCUGAUCUCUCUGGGCCGCCUCCGCCAAAACUGUUGUAACUAUUCACCGUUCUGUACCUUCCCUCCCUUUCAAACCCUGCUAAUCCCAUAGGUAACAAAAUGUAAUUUCAGUUAUUUUCUGUCUAUAGAUAGAUUAAAAAAAAAGAUUAGUAGCACAGUUAGCACUUGCUUCGCUUCACCACGGUGUUCUCUUUCAAUACACAACAAAAUGUGAAUACAAAGGUUGCUGAGAAUGCUUCUUCAAGGGCUUGAAAUGAUUGAUAUCGUCACAUAAGAACUCAUGUGACUUUUGGGCACACAUUGAUAUACACACAUUCUUGUUUCGCCAAAAAAAAAGAUAUACACGCAUUCCUUCAUGAGCCUGCAAUGUUCCUUGUUUAGCUUGUCCAUAUUAUUUACUAUAGUAGAAGACUUGUCAUGUGUAUUUUGACUAGUAACAGAGCUUUUUACAUGCUUGGUGCUGUUGCA